CGUGGCGGGGGAUCCACCUCUGCUGCCUGAAUGGAAGUUAGGAGCUGGGUGCUUGGAAGGCAGCUGCACCCGCCAGGGAUCAGGGUGCUGGCCUUCGUCUCUCUGCUCAGCUGCCUGCUCUCCUCCAGUGAGGCCAAGGUCUUCAGUCGCUGUGAGCUGGCUCGAGCGCUACAGGAAUUCGGGUUGGAUGGAUAUCGGGGAUACAACCUGGCUGACUGGAUCUGCCUUGCUUACUUCACAAGUGGCUUCAACACAGCUGCCGUGGACCAUGAGGCAGAUGGCAGCACCAACAAUGGCAUCUUCCAGAUCAGUAGCCGGAUGUGGUGCAACAACCUCAACCCAGAGGCCCCCAACUUGUGCCAGAUGUACUGCACCGAUUUAUUGAAGCCGGACCUCAAGGAUACUGUUAUCUGUGCCAUGAAGAUAGCCCAAGGGCCCCUGGGUCUGCGCAGCUGGGAAGCCUGGAGGCAUCACUGUCAGGGCAAGGACCUCCGUGACUGGGUGGAUGGCUGCGACUUCUAG